ACAUACUCGACAGAUUUGUCGUGGAUUUGGGGCACCACUUUGGCUGUCGGUUAUGUUUGUUCAUUUUUCCCCACUUCUUCUCGCUUUCCCUAUUUUCUUCUGCUUUUCCUCUCUUCUCCGGCGAGGAUAGCUUUCGCCGUUCGUGCUGCACUGAGUAGCUGACCGGCGCAUGUCCUGCUCUCCAAGUCCCCACGCCAGUGACGAUUUGUGCACCAAAACCAACUUCACCGACGCCACACCACAACAUCGGCCAGAGGAGCUAACUGCCGCCGCCGCCUUGCCUGGAAAUCGGCACACCGUCCACGGUUAGUUUUCCCACCUAAUUUUUGUUUUCCCCUUUGAUUUUGAUACAGAAGAGAAGGUAGAAAUAGAGAUAGAAUCAGGAUGAGAAAGAAGAGAAAUUGCAGAAAAAGAAAGUUAAGAGGAAGAAAAUGUUACAGGUUAAAAGAGAAGUAGAAAGUCCUUUUGUUUCUUCUUGUCUACUUCUGCUUUUGAUAAAGCUUUGGUUCCCCGCAAAGCUGAACUCAUCAACUUAAAUCCACAAACUAAAUAUAAAACCUUUAAUUUC